GAAGAUUGUUCAGAAGAAGAAGAAGAAGAAGAAGAAGAAGAAGGAGGAGAAGAAGAGAAACAAUAACAAUAACAGAGCACGAGGAUCGAUACGACCGGAGACGGACGGACGGGAGACAGACGGACAGUGAGACAGACGGACAGUGAGACAGACGGACGGGAGACAGACGGACAGCGAGACAGUGAGACGGACGGACAGUGAGACGGACGGACAGUGAGACAGACGGACAGUGAGACAGUGAGACAGACGGACAGCGAGACAGUGAGACAGACGGACAGUGAGACAGUGAGACAGACGGACAGCGAGACAGUGAGACGGACGGACAGUGAGACAGACGGACAGUGAGACAGACGGACAGCGAGACAGUGAGACAGACGGACAGUGAGACAGUGAGACAGACGGACAGCGAGACAGUGAGACAGACGGACAGUGAGACAGUGAGACAGACGGACAGCGAGACAUGUCUCUGCUGACCGAAGACACCCGGUGCCCGACAGGAAGUACCAGGAUGGGGGACAGUGGGGUGGAGACGAGGGAGGUAGAGGGGGAGGAGGACGGGGGGAGGUCGGCCAUGAUGGAACCCUGCACGCUGCAGUGGCCCGGAGACAGACAGACAGGUAAACAGACAGGUAAACAGACGGGGGGAGGGGACAGGGGGAGUGUGAGGUCAGAUGUUUCUCUACGGGAGGCGGCGAGCUGGACAGAAAGUGAGAGAGGGCUGCUGGCAGAGGGGGAGAGGAAGGGGGGGGGGGGGACGGGGCUGAGGACACACCUGGAGGCGGAGCCUGUGGAGAACCACCUGCCGGAGAAAGCAGCUCAGGUGUUCAGCCCUGCAGUCACCGUCCUCCGCUCCCCGUCGUCACCCAGAGACACUGAGGCAUUCUGGGAAAUGGAGUCAGAGAAGAGCCCCUUCCUGGGUCCCCGAGGAGUCCCAGAGGACUACAACCAACAUGGCUACCAGUACGAGUGGACGGAGGACACGCCCCCUAACACAUGUGGGCGGGGCUGUCCCGGCAGGGACGUCCUGAAGGUGGGCGUGUCCUUGAUGACGUCCGCGCUGUUUUUCCCGCUCCUGGUGUGGGGGGGGUUUGUCUUCCUGCCGUUUGACGCCCCUCUGCUGGACAGCGCCCCCCUCAGGCUGGUCUACACGCUGCGCUGCUCCGUGUUCGCCGCCCUUCCCAUCGUCCUCGGCUGGCUGGUCCUCGGCGUCAGUCGGCUGAGGUCGGGAGCGACUCGGCCUCUGUGUGAUGACGAGGCGAAGGAGGCGGAGCUUCACGAGGUCACCGUCCAUCGGCGCUACGUCUCUGACUCCGCCUCCUUGUUCCUGAUCUACUUCCUGCAGCUGGUCGUCAUGGCGAUGUACCUGAGCCAGGAGCAGCUGAAGCUCAUCCCUCUGCUCACCGUCGUGUUCGCCCUCGGACGGCUGGUGUACUGGGUGGCCGCAGCUUUCAGCAGCAGCAUCCGGGGUUUCGGUUUCGGCCUCUCCUUCCUCCCGAGUCUCGCCAUGAUGGUCGCCAACUUCUACUUCAUCUUCACGGUGGAGGCGGCGGGGUCCAUCUUCAGCCUACCGUCUCCUCCUGAGGAGGUGCUGACUCCGCCCGGCAAACAGAGGUUCUGGGGAUGAGAGCUGAUCACUAAUCAAUAACCUUCCUGUCAGAAUGAAAUCAUUCUGAUCAACUUUCUUUUUUAUGAACUGAAACUGAAAAAGAAGUUUCUGUGUUGAUAAAGUUUUAUUCUUAUGAACGUUUAGAGACAUUGUAUAGCCCCGCCCACUUGUGUCUUUGAAGCAGUUUGUUGAAAUAUUUAGAUGUUCAGCUACUUCCUGUUUACUUUCUGUGGACUUCCUGUUCAGUUUCUGUGUCUGUUGGUUCUUUUUUCAACAUUCUAUUUUUGUAAAAUCUGUUUAUUGAUCAUUAAAAAUCAAU